AUGGCAACAAUGAGGAAUCUGAAGAUCAAGACGAGCACAAGCAAACGCAUAGUGAAGGAGCUGCACUCGUACGAGAAAGAAGUGGAAAGAGAGGCCGCCAAGACAUCCGACAUGAAAGACAAGGGGGCUGACCCUUACGAUCUGAAGCAGCAGGAGAACGUGCUGGCAGAGUCGCGGAUGAUGAUUCCAGAUUGCCAUAAGCGCCUCGAGGCUGCACUGGCUGACCUGAAGGCGACUCUCGCCGAGCUGGAGGAGUCAGGUGAGACAGAAGAGCCUGAAAUCGAUGAUGCUAGAACCACUGUUUCGGAGGUGGAGCAGUUGUUCGGCAAAGGAGAUGAUGAUGCUUAG